GAUCCUCACGCCUGUGCACCGAGUGGACCUGCAGCCUUGCUCGACGAUGGCGGGCGUGGUCUCAACCAUCGCUCGAGGGGCCAAACAGCUUUUCAUUGCCUGUGACUACGGCACUUCGAGCAUGAGGUUCGCUUAUAGGUUCCAUGAUCCCGCCUCUACACACAGACCGAGUGUUGCCGACAUCAGAGACGUUACAUUCAACGGCGAGCCGGCAUCCCCUCAACUCCUUGCCUUCAAGAACGGCAAGACGAUUUUCGGCCAUAACGUGGAAGAACUGCUGUUGGCACGAGACGAUACUGGAAUGCCAAAGCUUGCACAAGAUGACGUUGUGUCUUUCCUCAAAGUCGGCAUCUAUCCCAAUUUGGAGGCUGAAGCCCUUUCCAAGGAGAUCGCCGGACAGCUCGAGCGCUUGCGAGACUUCUUUGACCUAGAGAAGGACACUGACGCGCACGUUAUUAAGGUCCAUGUCUUAGCCGCCCACCUGCGUGAAGCUUACAAGUACGUCCUGGAUCAGAUCGCCUGCGAUCUGAAGAGUCAGCUUCGGCAUGAGAACAGUGAAGAACUGGAUGUAAGGGACGCGAACAUCAAGUUCUUCUUCAGCGUUCCCGGUAUGUGGACACCAGCAACCAAUUGGUGUAUCACUGAGGCUGCGGAACUGGCAGGUCUGAGCAAUGUCACACUAAUCUCUGAGCCCUACGCCGCUGCAGCAUAUUUCUUGGACGACAUGAUCAUUCAGAAUCGCAAAGUGUUCUCCAAGGGUGCUCGUAUCCUCUUCAUCGACGCAGGAGGCGGCACGUCCGACGUUGUCACUUUCGAACUUGUGGAUGACUCCACCUCUGGGGCCACUACAAAGAUGGUCGCUGUUGGCAUGGCUGACGGCAGGCUUUGCGGAUCAGAGUUCGUUACCUUGCACUUUCUCGAGUGGCUGAAUCGCAAGAUUGAGACCGACCAUGAGGCUUUUCCCGGAGGCAAGGCCACGUUGCUAGCCGACAUGGGAUUGAGUGCUGCUGAGUUCAAAGACCGCGCCACCAAAGUGUUCACAUGUCUGAAACACAAGUAUCACACGCAGAACCAUGAGCCGUACGUCGUUCAUAUCGAUGGGAAGCGUGGCGCAAAGAGGAGGACGAUCAGCGUGGACAUUGAGUGUGACCAGCCCGGAUGCGAUCACUUGACUUGCGAUAAGAUGGAAGAAUUCUUCAAACCCGUUUUGAAUCAGAACUUCGACAUGAUCCGCAAGUGCCUGGAAGAGGAUGAUUCGAUCGAGGCAAUCAUUGCCAUGGGAGGCUUUGCGAAGUCACAGCACUUCAUGAGCCGCCUCAAGGCUGAGUUCGGCGGAGUCCAACGGCUUCGUGGAACCCGUGCUGAUGUCAAGCCUGUCGAUUUCGGCAAAAUCCACAUUCAAGAUGGGAACGAGACGAUGAUUGGUUUCAACCACCCUGUCGCCCGAGGAGCAUUGUUGCGGCAUCACGAAAUUGCACAUCGAGAUCUCCCUACACAAGACUGCUUCAUGGUCACUGAGGAGGCGCCCUGGGACCCGGAACAGCAUGGACCUCGAGACAAUCACACUAUCGUCAAGGGUGAGGCCAAUCCGCACGAAGACUGGGUCAAAGGGCUUUCGAAGACCAUCAUGCCUGCUGGACGACGUGAUGUUGAGAAUGCUAUUUGGCACGUGCGACACGUUCUUAAGAAUCAUACGCACCAAAAUCUCCAGAUCUACUGGGCAGCGCAGGCUGUCCCGGAUGGGACACCAGUUUUCAGAAAGGAAGACGGUGAAGCGAAAGGUCAAACCGUUCCUGGCAUCAUGCCUUGCGGAACUCCUGUUUCUUACCCUUUGCCAAACAUGCACGAGCUCGCGAAGCAGUAUCAGAAGUCACUCAAGCUACAACAUCCCCAAUACAUCCUACGACAGGCAGAUGAGACCGAUGACGACGACUAUACCAAGGAUACCGAUUAUGGAGCAAUCAAGACCUGCAGCAAGCGGACUCCAUCCCACGACCAAUUCAGUGAGCCAUCCAAGCGGAGAAAGACGGACCAGCUGCGACCGGCACCGGCUCAGAAGACCAGAUGCUGUGGGAACUGUGGUCAUGAGAUGAUGGUCACCUCUGUACGAUCAUGGGCGGAUGAUAUCUGCGAGAAUUGCGAUGACGAGGCAUUCUAUGCCACCAUGAUCUGGGUUAUUGUGCAGUACUCCGGAGCAGAGAUACUGCUCACUAUACAAAUGGCGAAACCGGAUCGCUUCGAGGAUGUGGAGGAUGGCCUACAAAUUGGACCGGAGGACGUUAUUGAGCUGUACCGAAAGUCCUUCAUUGAUAGCAACUUCAACCCGAAUGCCCUGACCUAGAUAGCUUCCGCUUCUGGCAGGUUUUGGUGGUGAAAGGCGCUGCUUGAAACUCUGGGCGAUGGAGCGAGGGCGGGCUGAAGUGGGAAAAAGAGAAAGCAGAAGUAGAAAAGUUGGACUCGAUAGUGGUAAUGAAGCAAAGCAGGACUUGAACA